UGCUGUAAAACGCUGGCCGGGGAGCUCCCUGCUCCUGCCAGCCCUCUCCCUCUGCCCUGCAGCUGCUGGCAGGGCCCCGGACCCGGGGACCGGCGGGGCAGACAAUGCACAGCAGCAGCAGCUGGAGCCGCCCUGGGGACCCCGCUGCCGCCGCCGCGCCGCAAUGACAGCCAGGCAGCCGGCGGGAGCGUGAAAGCCGCCCGGCUCAAGAUGAACGCCUCCUCGGCGGCUGGCAACCAGAGCGGCCGGCCCUUCUGCCUGCUGGCCCUGGGCUACGCGGAGACGGUGAACGUCUGCCUCCUGGAAGCGAUCGUCAUUGUCUUCCUCACGGCGCUGAUCAUUUCGGGCAACGUCGUGGUGAUCUUCGUCUUCCACUGCGCGCCUCUGCUGAACCACCACACCACCAGGUACUUCAUCCAGACCAUGGCCUACGCCGACCUCCUGGUGGGCGUCAGCUGUCUGGUGCCUUCUUUGUCCUUGCUGCACUACCCCAUUGUUCCCUGGGAACCCUUGAUCUGCCAGGUCUUUGGCUACGUGGUGUCCGUGCUCAAGAGCGUCUCCAUGGCCUCCCUGGCUUGCAUUAGCAUAGACAGGUACAUUGCCAUCACCAAGCCGCUGACCUACAACACCCUGGUCACUCCCUGGAGGCUCCGCGUCUGCAUCCUGACCAUCUGGCUGUACUCCUGCCUCGUCUUUUUGCCCUCCUUCCAGUGGGGAAAGCCUGGCUAUCACGGGGACGUGUUUCAGUGGUGCGCCGACUUCUGGGAAACGGAUCCCUAUUUCACGCUUUUCAUCGUGCUCAUGCUCUACGCCCCGGCUGCUUGCAUCGUCUGCUUCACUUACUUCAACAUCUUCCGCAUCUGCCAGCAGCACACCAAGGAGAUCAACGAGAGACGCGUGCGCUUCAGCUCCCAGGAAGGGGAGGCCGGGGAGGCACAGUCCUGCCCGGACAAACGCUAUGCCAUGGUCCUCUUCCGCAUCACCAGCGUCUUCUACAUCCUCUGGCUGCCCUACAUCAUUUAUUUCCUGCUGGAGAGCUCUCGCGUCUAUAGGAACCAUGUUGCUUCCUUCUUGACCACUUGGCUUGCCAUUAGCAACAGUUUCUGCAAUUGUGUCAUUUACAGUCUCUCCAACAGCGUCUUUCAGAAGGGGCUCAAACGGCUCUCAGGGGCAGUGUGCGCCUCUUGUGCGAGGCAUAGGUUAACAAAAGACUCCUUUACCUCUCGGGGCAAAAGGCCUUCCAGUGGAUGCCACGUCUAAGAAGCAUGUCACUGACUGGGGAAUGCAGGGCCAGCCCUGUAAAUGGCAGCAUCCCUCCUGUACCACAGCGUGCAUUUUUAAGAGGUCCAGAUUUGCAAAAAAACCCCAAAUAAACAAAAAAGAGUUUCUGAGCGAGGCUGUUAGCGCAGAAGAAUCGGGAGCGCGUGUUCUCGCGGUUUCUCUUUAAAUUUUGAGUGCGGUGGAAGGGGCGGUGGGGUUCCACCUCCGUCUUCGUUUUUAAGAAUAAAGCUGUAUCUUGACACUUACUUUUCCAGCUGGCUUGACAAUGUAGUGGGUGUGUGGGAGCUUCAGCAAAAGCUCCUUUUCUUACAGCUUUACUAGGUUGUUUCGAGAUUCGUGCUUCACAUGUAAAUGAUAGGUCUCCAGUGGAAAUGUCAUGGUGAAAUGGUGUACUACAGGGAUUUUUUUUUUUUUGGAUUUUUUUUUUUUUUUUUUUGAACGUGCCAAAGUUUAUUGAUGGUUUGUGUUCCAACGUCCUAAUGCAAGGGGCCAAAUGGUUUGUCUUUCAGCUCUACUCCGAGCUCUGAAACAGUGAAUAAUGUGAGCAUUCUUAGCAGUAACUUAAACUUGUAAUGAGCCAUGAAUGAAGCAAUGUGAUCAAAGCGGUCAUACGUACCUGCAAACCGAUCUGGUUUCUGUGCCCCAUUUCACCAGACCUGAUCGGAGUACAGUAUUUUGCAUCUUCCUUGUUGUUCAUGAAAUAGCAAGAAAGAACUUGGGAUGGGCCAAAUUCAGCAGUUUAAUAAAAAUGGAUUUUUAUAAGAUGAGACAAAAAGUAUACACUGUUUUGGGACAACAGAGUUGUGGCAGUGGUUUGAGGAUGAUGCCCAUAUGUGAAUGUUAUUCUUAAAAUGGUAGAGAAAAGUCACAUUUUUGUGUGUGGCAAUUUCUCAAGAACAACUUUAAAAAUAACAUGUUGGAUUUUUUUUUUUUAAUCUCAAUUCUUUUGACCCUUUACGUACUAGAACUUAGGGGUAAAAGGAAAGAAAAUAAUAGUCUCUUAAAUAGCUAAGGGAACUAGGUUGUAAAUUUAAUUACAGCAUUUGAGUUAUGGAUGAGCAGAUGAAACUAAAACAGGCAUUUUUUUCCUUAGGCUCCCUGGGAUUAAAGAUAGCUUGAAUAUAGCAGGAGCUAAAUCCUUUUGGCAAGCAUCUAUCAUAAACCGGUCAAACAGAGUCCAGUAUCUGAGACUCAGUGUCUCGUUGACCACAGUUUUAAAAAUCUGGUUUAGAUUAAAUAUGUUUCUAUACUGUAAUGCCGUGAAGAAUUCAGUAUGGCCCUCAAUAAAUUCAUCUUCUUGAAAAAUAUCCGUAUCUUUUGAUGGAUGCAUGUCAUGUCAUCUUGGGUAGGAAAAGAGUUUGGAAAACAUAUUCUUGUAAUAAGGAGUUGGUCUGUGGAUUGUCCUUUCUAGCUCAUGGUGUCUUUGGCACAGAGAUGUGCUUCCUUGUUGCCCUCAAAAGGAGUGGGAAUACAUACCACAACUGGCCUGCAACUCGCUGCUGUCCACGUGCAUCCAGUCUUCACAUGUAAUAGGAGCACUUUCUGAAGGACUGUGUUGGGUUUUUCAUGCAUCAUAAUGUUUCCGGUCUGUGCACAUUGUCAUUUCACAGUGGGAUGAAGGAAACCUAGGAGAAACAAGUAACAAAAUGCUGCUGAAACCUGGGAUUACUCUCCGGGGUAAAGGAAAAUCCACAGUGUGUAUUACAAAAUAGAUAUAAAUCAGAUGUUGGUUUUCUCCCAUACUUUGCCAUACCUAAUGGAAACUCGUAAAGAUAAUUUCCUCCUGUAGUUCCUCCAAAAUGUAAGCACAAUGACUGUCCUAGUCCCAAUGCCAUUUCAGCCGUAUUAUUAUUUAUUAACCACUUUUAUUAUUUGUAUUGUGGCAUUGCUUAGGGGUCAGAGCCCUGUUUUGCUCAGCAGUGUGCAAGCGUACAACAAAGACUGUCUCUACCUCAGGGAACUUGCAAUCGAGUGUUAUUGUUAAAGAUUAUAGUGAACAUGACAAAGUAGGGGAAAAUGCAAGGGAGAAGUGAGUCAUUUCUGAACGACAGUAUUUGUAGCAGACGAGCUGGCAAUCAUUCUCAUGUGUUCUGUCAGUAUUGAUGGGGGGCUAGGGGGUGAUGUAUAGGUUUUGGUCAUAAAUAUUUAGCAUUUAAGCUCGGCAUUUGUGGAACACCCACUUGUGCAAAACACCCUGGCUUUUCUGAGAUUCUGAGAUUUGGCAUUUGAGGAGAUACGUCUGAGCAUUAAAAUAGCAUUUGAUUGCAAGAUAAGUCAGAAAUAAAUUGCCUGCUGGGUCCUACAAUCCAUCCCGUUCAGGCUUUCGGUAUCAGUGGAGAUCUGAGGACAAACUUGGUUGCAGGAGUCGGGUGCGAGUCAGUAUGUUUGAGAAAAUGGGAACUUAACCAAAGGUAAAUGCGGAGCCUGAAUGCCGACACAUGUAAUGAACUCGGCCUGGAGCAGAGGCUAUUUUUAUCUAGCCAUCCCAGAGUCGGGUUCAGAAAACAGUACUUUAUCAGCCUAGCUAUUUUGUAAAACAUUUGGGGAAUGGCUGCCCAAGCCAGCAUUGCACUGAUGGCUGGAUGAAGCCAUUGCAGCUGUAGUUGCUCCCAGCUGUGAGAUUGGGUUGCAGAGCGUUUACUAAAGCUAGGCCUUUGUCUUUCCAUUUCCAUAUCCAGUGAAACCGUCACCUUGAUUCCAUCUCAAAAUUGUCAUCAGUUAAGCUGCCUUUCACAAGAGGGAAGUGGGAAACCCUGGCACUCUUCGUAGGGGUGAGGGAGAACAAAAGAAAGAGGUGCAUCCCGGUUUAAUUUACAACUCCACUUUUUCUACAGGUACUUCCAAAAGGAGCCUCUGCAGGCUUCUCUGAAUAGUGCUAGGUGGCUCUUUUUUGAAUUGCAUAUCAUGCUUUAGCAAGGUUUUUGUAAGAGCUCCUUCUAUUUGAUAUUAAAGUAUGAGGUGUAGGCUAGGGAUAUGCAGCAUUAAAAAGAAAAAUCCCACUGGAUUCGCAUUCACUUCAGUGAGGUCACAUUUGGGAUGAAUCUGGCUUCCUGUGCUUGGGCCCAAGUGUUGAAGAACUAGUUUUAGCCCCUCUUAUCUUGUUUUGUCAGGAGUCCAUUUGACUUCGUCCUGUAUUGAAAUGUGGUGUAGUAGUCUUUUUCAGGGAUCGUCAGAGGUAAUAAUGUUAUGAAUUGUUACACACUAGACUUCCUAGUCAGAUCAUAUCCAGCAUUGCAAGUUUGAAAAUUGAGUCCUGCUCUUGCUAUAACGUUUCGAGUGUGUCUAGCAUUAGAGAAAAUGGUAAGUUAUGACUAUGAGCCUUGCUUUUAAAUGUGAUAGCCAAGGGAACAUAGAUAUGAGAUUACUUGUCGUUAAGUAAAAAUGAGUCUUGGUACCUGCCAUGAGCUUUAAAUGAUGGAGUGGGCUUGUUUCCAUUUUAACUACUUUCUGCAGUUAUCUGCCUUGCUUUCAGAUUCAGCUGGGAGAGGCUUUAAUUUCCCAUAUGGAAUUCACUGGCACUUCUGAGUUCCCUGGGAAAGGAUUUUCUCACGCAUCUCUUCGGAAAGGAACGUGAUUUAUAUAACUCAUUGAAUCCAAAAACAAAAUCUUGAUACAUAGUGAUUGGAAGUUGAAGCUUGCAGUAUAUAGCUGUUUUUAAUAGUUUGGGAGAAUGUGUUUUAAUUUCAUUUCAUAAUCUCAAGUCAAGUGACCAUCUUUUUUUUGACAUGGUGAUUUCCUUACUGUGUGUGGCAAAAAAGAUUUGCUGUUGUAUACUGUCUUUUUUUUUUACAUGUAGCUAAUUCUUUGCUUCCUUCUUUUGUAGCCUUAAUUUGCUGGAUGUUUUUGCUCAGGUCCUAAAUUGUCAGUAGAAUUUCAGAUUUCCGCCUUAGGUCCUUACACGGUUCAUAUCGACUGCAGUAGUUAAGUGUUGAAGAACAGUCCUUUUAAUAUUGUCCUAAGACUCCUGCAAGGGAAGGAGGCAGAGUGAGGGUGAGGCGCAGAGGAACUCAGUGAGGCAGAAAGCCUGUGAUGGCCCGGAGAAAUGAAUCAGGACUUUCCAAGCCAACCCUAAACCAUUGUUCCUCUUCUCACCUAGAGAUUUUACUUGCUAAGAAGCAGCCUUGCACUUGAAUGCAGCUGAGCUGAGCUCUAAUAAACAUUCCGAGCCCAAGACCAAACUCCAUGCACAAAACUGAUGAGCAAAUAUUCCUUGCAAUAUUGGCAGAUGGAAACACCAUUGGAUGAUGCCUUGGGGUCUCCACGUGUUGGGACGGUUCUUGAUUUCAGGUGGGCAGUCCUCCCCCUCUGGGUUUACAGGCUGAAGUUUUAUGGGGCUUGUACUUCUGAAACUCCACCCUUGGAAGCCUAUGUCUGGGCUUGCCAACCUUUUUUGAGGCUUUUGUUCGCCCAAAUUUUGUUCUGCGUAUAGAAAGCUCGCGAUAAUUUUGUUAACGUAUGAAAAAUAAGAAGUUAUUUUUGUUUGGAAAUCACCCUUGAAGUGUUUUAGAAUACAAUUUUAGUUCCUGAUUUUGGGUGGGGAUGAGACCUUCAUUUGCAUGAUUAGGGCAGGACCUUCAUUUUCAAUAUAUAAACUUUCUUUUUUUGACCUGUUGGAGCUUUGCAAAAUUGAGCGAGAGACCCUUCCAGUCUUGCAUUUUAAAUAAAAGCAGUAUUUAAAGCUUAGUCCACUAUAAAUUCUCAUCUAAGCUUGUGGUAGCACAUGAUUUCUAGUUAGAUUUACACCAUCUCAAUGUGAUAUAGUUAGAAAGAAAAAUCAAGUGACUUCAUUUGAGUUGAUUUAAGAGUUGUAUCUUAUGCUGUAUAGGAAAGUAUGAACACUUCCUUGAAGCAUGAAGGUUUUGAAGCCAUUUUUGUUUUAGUGCUGGAACAAGGAGAGAGCUUGAACCAUCUUUAGGUGGCACAGAGAAACCAAGCUAACUUAAGUAACAACUUAGGGUGUUCUUGAUGUUUUUGGGUACCAUGCUUGAUAGUCGUGGAUAAAGGUUGUUUGUGCGGUUUAAAAAAUAAGUUAGACAGUGCUGUAGGGUAUUUUGGAUAGGGACGAUGCUGCCUUGAGCAGGAGGUUGGACUAGAUGACCUAGUGAGUUCCCUUUCCUUCCAACCUUUCUGUGGUUCUACGAAACGAAAGUUUUGUAUGAAGAGUUUGCAAUGCUGCUUUUUGCAGAGGUUUCUAAAGUCAGAACCAUGGGUUUGCAGGAAGGGGAGCACAAACACGUGAGUUGUACCCUCUUUUUAUUUUCAGCGUAGGACUAGUUUCUGUGCCCAUCACUGUAACUCACUGUUCUUCUUUCCUCGCACACAUUGUCACUAAACAGCGUCUGCUCAGAAAUGCAGCAAAAUGCCAAGGUGCAGCCAUUGCACAGCUUGGCCUGUAUUCUGGCUCUGCUAGGACCUCGGGAAAACCAGUCAAGUAUGUUGCAUCCUGGAAUUCACCUCCGGGAACUCUAAUUGUUCUAACAACAGGUCACAAGAUUUUUGAAUAGAUUAGACUGAACUGUGGGUAUGGUACCUCAGGGUUGGUCAUGGCUGAUGGGCUCCUUGGGCCAUCGAGUUUCAGAGGCUGCUCCCAACAAGACCUGGUCCCUGUGCAGGCUCCUGUGUGGUAGCUGGCUUGGUACAACUCAGAAGGAUGGUUUUAGGAUUAAAGCACUUCGGUAGGGAGUCAGGUGGUCCAGGGUCCGUUCCUGACUUGGUGUGACCUUACAUAAGGUGUUAGCAUUUCCUGGGCCACAGUAAAAUGGUUGAAGCGGUUGGAUACUGUGCUCCAGGGGAGCCAGUGGAUUUAGCACAUCUGUUCCCUGCUAACGUCUGCUGUUUUCUGUGACAAGUGCAAGCCUUUGUGUGCCCACCUGUGAGGUGGCUUAUGCCUGCAGCCAUGUGGCUGCUUUACUUAUUCAGUGUGUAAAUGUUUGUUCCUUCCCCUUUGUCCACUGAAGCAACUUCUUCCAAAAACCUGGCUUUGUUCCCUUUUGGCUUGACAGGUUCCCAGAUCGGUUUUGAACUCUUCUGCCACGAGGGAUGCAUGCUGGCCCCCAGGACUGUGGGGCUGUGUUUGAAGUGUGCAGAAUGAAGUAUUGCUGAAUGUAAGGCAAGUUAUGGUUUGUGUCUGCACUGUUGUUUGUGUUUAAUGAUAGUCGUAAAUGGAAACGUUUUUAUCGGCGUGCAUUUGAAGACGUCUGCAGAUUUCAGCCCUAGAAUCAGUACUUAAAAAUUCAGUUUACAGAGGGUUCGAACUGAAUGACAAUGUUAACAUUGUAAUCUGGUUGCAAGUACACAACUGAUCUCUUAUUGGGGCUUCUAUUUGCUACCUUAGACUGUGUUCUUUGUUAGCCUCUGUUAGUUUAAGUGACAAAAAAAAAUAAUCAGUAUUUAGACAAUCUGUUUAGACCAGACACUUUGUUAGAGUCUUGACCGUCUUGGUCUGAGAAUGUGAAGAGAAAUGUCAGGAAUACUAAACAGGAUGUCAGACGCUGAGCAGGGCUAGGAAGUUACAGCGUCCCGGGGGUCUGUUGCUUCUAGACAGACCUUGAUAGGCAAAUGUCUUGCACUGAGUGGCCUGUUGUUUUAUUGAGGCUGCAAUUUCUAGUGUUCUUGCGGGUGAGCAUGCUUUAACUAGUGUCUUUGUUCCUUUGAAAACAAUUUUUCUAAAAAGAUGCACAUUGCUGUCGUGUUUUACCUGGCAUCUGAUAGAUGCUGAAAAUAGGUGAAGAUCCUGAUCAUCACUAACUUUAAGACUUAAUGCGUAUCAGUCUUCCCUUUUCAGGAAGGUACCUAUUUGUAAUGUGAAAGUGCUGUUCAAGAGUAGAGGUGGCAAAGUGAAUCUGGACUUCCAGCUCUCUUUGGCUUCUCUUCUUUUUUUUACCACUUUUCGUAUUUUGUAAGACGAGGAUAAUACUUUUGUAGUAAAUAGGAGGAGGUUGAGGCUCCAGUUAAAAGAACAUUGAGAAAUCUUAGAUGAAAAGGGCUAUAUAAAUGCAAAUAAUGUAAAAUCCCUGUAAAGACGAAGUGAACACAUAGAUAUACCCAUGCAAGGAUUAGUCCUUUUGAAAUGUGGUGAAGAUCUCAUGGUAUGAAUAAGAAACAAAUGUUUGAUCAAAACAAGUCAUUACUUUUACUGAAAAUGGAAAACAAUUUUUCUUCUGGGAUUUCAACUCCUCUAGAAUGAAUCCAUGAAAAUCAAUAAUUAGAUUAGUGGGACCAACUUUUUAGUAUGCUGGCAAGAAUAUAGAGAGAUUUGUCAGAGGAAAUAUAAAUAAACUUCGUGCUAGAGUGGCUUUGGUAUAUUUAUAGUGCUAGUGAUUUUUCUGUGUGAAAUUUUUGACUAUUUGAAUAUAAUGUAAGGCUUUGAUUUUUAGCUGAUGUUAAAGUUGCUCAUUUCUUGAGGGUAUGAGAGUACCAAAAUGUGAAAAGAUCUUUACAUUGCAGACUAGUAAAAAUAUUGUGUAAAACACCUGUUAAAAUGUUUUCUGUAGCAGUUAUCAGUGGAAUUGAUGUUUAGUGCACAGGGGGAAAAAAGUGGGGGUUCUGAUCAGUGGAAACCUUUAGGAAAUAUUUAUCCUCCUGACCUUGCCAGUUCAGUGGGAUACGGCCUUUUUGGAGGGGGUAUAAAUUGCUGUAUCAUUUGAGAAGAUGAAGCAGGCACACUGGAAGUCGCAGCACAGUUGAUCCUUUUAGAUAACAAGCAGUGUGGUCAUUACCCUCAGUUUUGAAUGGCCUGAAAGGAUCUGAAUAAACGUCUGUAUGCUGCCAUUGCAGAACUCUGAUUUUAAAAGCACUGUACAACACGCCCUCCUGAAAGCUGCUGUGCUGGUAAGGCCCCUCCCUGUGUAACCCGUGAGACCCCGGUCCUAUCGUCAUUUAGCAGGGAAGCACGACUCCGUCGUUUCGUUCCAGUAGGGAAUGCAGCAGGAUGGAAAUCAGCGUUUGAAAGCUCACAUUGGGCUUUUCCUGCUGCUCUUGACACUAGGGUUGUGUCUUUUUUAUGGGGAGCUCCACAGUUUCACCAGUCAUUCGUGUCUUUUUCACACACAGUUUCUGGUUACAGCCCAAGCUUUGCAUGUGUGCUCUUUCAGGUUGCGUUUUUGAAUAAAACACAGUAGAGCAAUCUUAUUGUAAAGGAUGCUUCCUUUUCCUGGUGGCUUGCGUGCUUCCCUCUUGCAUAGCAGUGAGUGAGGCAGCAGCCACUGAUGAGAUACCUUCAGUCUCUUUUGGGGAGAAUUGCCAUCUGGAAUCUAUUCCCUGUUUUUUGAGGAAUUUUGUUUGUCUCAGUCCAGUUCUCAGGGGACAGGUGAUGGCGUUCCAGAAAAUUAUCACAUCUGACAUUCCUUUUUGGGGAGUCAAUAGUGAGGCCAAGAAGAAUACACUGGUGUGUGUGUGUGUGUGUGUGUGAUAUUUUACACACUUUUUGGUGUGGGAAAAAUUCAAGGAGGAAGGGUAGGAGUGAGUGAGAGCAUCUCUGGUGCCUCUGACAUGAAGAGCCAUGAAAGAAAAGAUCCACCAAAGCAGCUCAGACCUUACGGUAACGAAAAAAAUAGAUGAAUGGUGGAGCAAUGCAGAAGCUUGUGUGUGUGUGUGUGUGUGUGUGUGAGAUUCAGUGUAGACACAUUAUGUUGUCAGUCUUGACUCCUUAAAUGUUCUUAAUUCUUUUUGGUGGAUUUGUCCUAUUUUGUGUACUGGAAGGGGGACAUUUUUAUAUUUAUGGAGACAGCUGAAGAGCUGUUGCAGCUAUAAAAGUCUGUUUGUGCCAAGUUUAAAGCUGUUUUAAAAUAAGUACUGAGACCACUUCUACCCCAUUAUUUUAACAGGCAUUCUGUAGCUGACUUUUCAGUUAGGACUAAUAAUAGAAAAGCUUGUGAUUUAGCCAAAGCUACAAAUGUUACUGAUUUAAAAUAAUACUUACAAAUACUUUCAAAUAUUAAAUGAAAAUAGAAUAAACUGAGGUAUGUAAAAUAUUUGAUCCUAAUUCCUUACAUAAUUAUUUCCAAAAGUGAGUUUUGCUAUGGGCUACUGAGAGAGUCCAAAAACAAAUGUAUUUUUCACUUUGAGAUGCUCUGUGUUGCAGCUGUGUAAUGCAUCUCUCUCAUCCUGUUAGUUUUUUAUCAGUGUAUAUAUAUGUAUAUGCUGCUAAAUGAACAUGGAAGUAAUUCUAGUCACACACUUCACAUUAGACGUUUGCAGCACAUGCCAUUUUAAAAUGUUGAUGUGGUUCUUAGAAUUCUCAAGACUUUUGCUAAAUCUGUUACCGACAUUUUCCUUCCUAAGAAAACUGCACAAAUUUCAAUAAUUGUUCUACUGGUUAAGCAUUUGUCUACCAUUCAUUCUGAAUUACUGUAAUCUUGAUACAGAUCAAAAUUGAAAGGGCUCUUGAACCAUUUCAAACUACUGACAUGGCAGCUUAAGAUAGCCUGUUCUCUCAAUGUAUAGAUGAUGCAUCAACAAUGUGAAAUAGUCUUAGCAUUUGCUGAAAACCUAGCUAACUUUAAAUGCUCUCUUUUUUUUUUGCAAGAAUGCUAGGUUUAGUGCAGAAUUGCACACCAAAGGCAUCUUAAAAAGAGUAUCAUUCUGAUGUGGGAUAUUUCUUCUCUUCUGAAAGGAUACUCAGGAUUCAAUAAUGUGUCUAUGGGAGCAAUUAUUUUAGCCAAAGUUUGCAUGGAUGGUUUUAUAGGAGGUUUUGCUUUUGGCGUUUCUUGAUCUACUUUAAUGUAGUAUUCCAACAGAGCCUUGUUAAGAGUGUAAUUUUUUUAAUUCUUAAACGCACUUGUACACUUUAUUUCAAAGGUCUGAAUGGCUCAUAAAAUAAAUUAAAGAAAUAAAUGACA